AGGGGAUAGUCGCAGGAAAAGUGCGCAGUCUCAGUUUUCUGAAGAUGAUUAUUUUGUGGUGAGAAAUCCUUGACAAUGCUUGAUAACUGAGCUGAUUCCCCUGAGAGAAAACCCCGAAAAUAUUCACCGAAAUGUCUCAAGUUCAAGGGCCUCCGCCAGCCAGUCUUCCCGUCAGUAGCCCAACAAAGCCUGGACCAAGUCACACUGUGGGCGGCAAAAAGUCAGGGAAGAAAGGGAAACGAGAAGGCGAUAGCACACGACCGUGUAAGGAACACACCUUCCUGACAGAUGUAGCAGAUGUAAGAGAAAUGGAACAUGGACUCUUACAGUUACUGGAGGAUUUCCAUUCAGGAAAGCUGCAGGCAUUUGGGCAAGACUGUACCUUUGAUAAGAUGGACAUGGUGAGAGAACAACAAGAGAAGUUGACCAGACUCCACUUUGAACUCGACACACAACAAGAAAUACAAGGGAUGGACACUGACCAAGGACGGGAAAUGGCACAGAAAAAUAUGGACCAGUUGAUGGAGAAGUUACAGGAGCUCAAUAAUUCUAUAUUGAAUCUCCAGAAAACAGAGAACCCACUACAGCUAGGGAAGUCGCCAAAACAUCCUGCCACAUAACAUUCAAGAGCAGCGACGGUGUAUUCAAUGAAUGAAACAGAGGUGCCCAGUGACUUUCAGAAUGAUGCAUCCAAGACACGUUAAAGAGACAUUUAUGAGACCAAAGGAAAUAAGAGUUUUGAUUUGUUGGGAACAGAGCACAAAAAAUGGAUCUCUCAACUGAGUUAUUGAUAGAAUAAUUUUUCUUUAAAUUCUAUUGUAAAUAUCGUGUAUAAAUCAUGUCAAUAAAUCAUGUU